UGUCAAUGUCAAAUAUCCAAAGUUCCAAAAUCAACCUCAAUCAAAUCAUCAACUAAACUUGACAGUUAGUGAAGUCAAUGAACAGAGGAAAACUACGCCUCCUGUUUUAAUUUUAAUAUAGAAAUUUUAAUUAUCUACCCGUAACAUACAUCGAAGUGGUCAUAACGAAGUUUGUUCUAGACGAUUCAUAACUGUUAACUCGCAUACAAGUUAACAUAACAUUGAGAGUUAGCAAAAAUAAAAAACAAAGAUUUGAACCCCUGACCUAGAACAUUUUUUUUCCAAAAUGAAGAAAAAGGUACUAUUAAUGGGAAAAAGUGGUUCUGGUAAAACCAGUAUGAGGUCUAUCAUAUUCGCCAAUUAUAUAGCAAGGGAUACAAGACGCCUCGGAGCAACAAUUGACGUUGAACAUUCACAUGUCCGUUUCCUCGGUAAUUUGGUUCUCAACUUAUGGGAUUGUGGUGGUCAGGAAGCUUUCAUGGAAAACUAUUUUGCAUCACAAAGAGACAAUAUAUUCAGGAACGUUGAAGUUCUGAUAUAUGUUUUUGAUGUAGAAAGUCGUGAAAUGGAAAAAGAUAUGCAUUACUACCAGUCAUGUCUUGAGGCGAUUUUACAGAACUCUCCAGAAGCCAGGAUAUUCUGUUUAGUACACAAAAUGGACUUAGUGGCAGAAGAACAAAGAGAAGAAAUAUUCAGAGCAAGGGAAGAAGAUUUAAAAGGGCUUUCCAAACCAUUAGAAUGCACUUGCUUUAGGACCAGUAUCUGGGAUGAGACAUUGUAUAAGGCGUGGUCUAGUAUAGUAUACAAAUUAAUACCUAAUGUCAAAGCAUUGGAGUCGUCAUUGAAACAAUUCGCCGCGAUCGUUGAUGCAGAUGAGGUAUUGUUAUUCGAGCGAGCAACAUUCUUGGUCGUGUCGCACUGCCAACGCCGGCAACAUCGGGACGCGCAUCGCUUCGAGAAAGUCUCGAAUAUCGUGAAACAGUUCAAACUGUCUUGUUCGAAGCUUGCUGCGCAGUUUCAGAGCAUGGAGGUACGCAACAGCGUGUUCGCAGCUUUCAUUGACGGAUUCACGAGCAACACUUAUGUCAUGGUCGAGAUGUCCGAUCCGAAGAUACCUUCGGAAGCGACCCUCAUCAACAUCAGGAACGCGCGCAAGCAUUUCGAGAAACUAGAGAAGGUCUCGUCUUCCGCUCCCAGUCAGUACCAGUGAAACGAAAAAAAACUCGCACGGUGGUCACUCAGUGCAAGAAAACUACGUACGUGCUAAAAAAUACGUCUCCUUAGCUUGUUUAAAAACUUUUAACGUAAAACCCUUUUUACUGGCGAAUAUGAAAAAGGAUAUCCCCCUUAAUCAACACAAAAAUGAUUCACCUUGGUCAUCAGUUCAGUUUUCGCGACAAGUUAAACUUAUUAUAAUAUAUUGCAUAAUUGCAUUGUGUUCACAGGCCACACGGUGUUGAGUUAACAAAACUAGACAGAAUUAUCCAAUAUUUAAUAUAACGCACUUCUUUGGUGUUUUCUAAAACGCGAAUAAUUAAUGUAGCUAGAAAACCCACAUUCUACAUUGUCCAAUAAAGUUGAAAUUAUACGUUCGUAACUUUACAAAUUAAAAACUUUAUUAAUCAAAAGGUUCUUAAAGCAUAUGAUAAAGAUUUCGUAGUUCACAGGCUGACUAGAUUCGGAAACCAUUAAAAUUAAUACAGGGUCAUAAAUAAAGUCAAAAUUAAAUUAAAAAAUUAAAAAUCCAAGUAAAAUUCAAUUUAUUGGUGAAUAGAAUAUAGACUUGGUAUAUAAACAGUUCGCACAUUGUUGUCAUUCCUUAAUUUGACACCGUGAACAAACUCGUCAGUCUGUAUUGAAAAAAACUGUCAAGUUUCGCGCCAUUUUCAUUAUUACGUCUAUAGGUAAAUCAACAGAGAUCCUGUCAUCAAACAUUCUUAGCUACUCACUUAAUUCUUAGUGAAUAUCUGUGACCUUGCUCGUUCACGAAGCCCGCUAUAGAAAGCAGAGUAUUAAAUACACUUGACAUUGGCGAAAUCUAAAAGGAAACGCCAUAAACCUAAGAGAUAGAUUAUUACGUCUAAUUCUAUCUCUACGUCUAUUGGUAUUAUUAAUAACCUAGUAUGAAGCUCGGUUGCAGCGUGCAUUAUGCACAACGGGACAUACAAUGAUAAGACAUUCUGCAUAUAUUUUGUUCUAGAUCACGCAUACUGUAGUGAAUUUGCGCGGUCGAAGGUCAUUCACCUCAACUAUGAAAGCAUUUACAACGGAGAUUAUUCCACAACUCACGCGAGAAAACGGGUGCUGUGGGCCGAUUUUUCAGAAACAGAGUUCUGUGAAUGUUUUUGAUUGUUUGCAAAUGCCUAGUUUUUUCUCAAAAUAACUGUGUUUUCUACGUAUUUAAAUCUUGAAUAAAAAUGUGUACAGUGCUUUUAUGUUUAAGUAAUUAUAAUCAAAUAUUAUAUUUAUAAUUCUUUUUCCAAAACAUUCUAGUUAAAUUGCUUUGUAAACUGUGUUUCGUGUUUUAAUGUGAUAUAGUAUAUGAGGUUAAGCACAAAAUAAGUUAUUGAGCGUUUACCUUGAUAUAUUAUUAAAAUAUAAAGUUUCGAGUGCUAAGCACAAAACAAUAAUAAUUCUUGCCAAAGCAAGCUGUAAAUAACCUAUAACCAAUUGUAUAUAUUUAAAACAAAAAGAAUUUAGUGCCUCAUAUUUAGGGCUUAGAAUAUUAGUAAAAAUUUAAUAUAAAUAAUUGUAAAAUUAUUUUUACGCCAAUGCAAAAUUUAUUGCAUAUUUUGAGUACCAUUACUUUCAAAUUAUCAUAAUAUUAUUUCGCGACGACGUCCAUCACUAGGUCGUUACAAGCGAUUUUGGGAUAGGAUAUAAAUAAUUGAAUUGAAUGAUUAAUUUCAUAGAAUUUCAUGGUUAAAUACAAAUUUAGUGAAUCUGACUAGUAACUAGUAAUUUUCUUAUUUAUUAAGAAAUAAUGUUAGUCCUAUUUAAGUACAUUGCAAAUAAAUUAACAAAACUAACCCAUUCACAUAUCAGCAUUAUGAUUUAUAACCUGUUCUAUAAUAUGUAAAAAUCGCGUUAUUAUACAGACAAUAUGUCUCUAUUCCAGAAUAAUUAUAAGUAAAUAAAAAUAGUUUAAUAUUUUAUUAUUAUAAUGGUAAUAUUGUAUAUCUCGUUUAAACUCCUAACAAAGACUACACUAAUUUAAUGAGUGCCUACUGGUUGUAUUAGCAAAGCUCCCGAAAACGAAUACAGUUGUAGCCAAUUCCUACUAAAAUUUAAAUUAAAAAAUUAUAACCGUUUUUGCAUCGCACGCAAUGGAACUCAAUUAGAAGUCGGCUGAUGCGGGGUCAGUGAACUCCUGUGACAUUACUAAAACAAUCUGAAUGGAAGUAAUAAUUUUCUUUACUACUUUAUUGUCGUUUCGGCUUCGGGAAUGGUCAAUUUACACCAUGUAUGUGUAUUCUAUUUUUCAAUAAUAAAAAUACUUUUUGUA